AUGUUCCUCCAGUCUGGUGUUUACCGAGAAGCUUUGUUCGUUCGCGCUCAGUGUCGGGAUCGGCUGCUCUGUUCAGCUACGUCCCAGCAGCAACAGCGAAGUAUACGUGUCUGCAUGCAACAACCAGAGACGAGUAGCGUGCUGAAAAGCGCAGCAGAGACGCUUUCAGACCGGGGGAGGGCGCUUGCGAGUCGUGCACCGCCACGCCAGAUUGAGUGGUCCUUUACAGCGAAACAGGACGCAUACGAUCCACAAUUAAAACCUAAUGGUUAUAUCUCACUGCUGGUGGCCGAGAACGCGCUCAGUGCGGGACCCGUCUUAGCCCAGUUUCAGCGGGAACGCAGCGACGUAUUGCCGCGCAACGAGUGCCUUCAGUACGACUACAUGUUCGGCGAGUUACGCUUUCGCAAGGCACUUAGCCAACUCUUUCGAGAGCAUAUAUUUGCAGCUUCGAAAGGCGGCCCAGCAAGUGCAGCCAACCCCGAUAACUACCUGUGUGCCGUUGGUGCAAGCGCUGUACUUGACCUGGUAUUCAGUGCCCUGUGUGACGAUGGUGAUGCCGUGUUGAUUCCGGCACCGUAUUAUCCGGGAUUUGACUUUGACCUGAGCUGCCGUGCAAAGUGCAUACCCGUACCUGUACAAACAGCGCUCCAUAACCACCACCGUCUGACAAGGGAUGCGCUUGAAACUGCGGACCGGACCUGUAGAGCGAGCGGGCAACGACCGCGAGUGUUGCUCCUGCACAGUCCCGGGAAUCCAACGGGCAAUAUUCUAUCGACAGAAGAACUAGAGCUUUCCAUUCAAUGGUGUCGAUCCCAUGGCAUGCACCUGGUGAGCGACGAGGCGUACGCGCUCUCGGUCUUCCAGAGCCAUGCGGGGCGUUUUCGUUCCGUAGCGGACGUUUUGGCCGUCCAGGGUCUCGGCAACGAUGUGCAUGUCGUAUGGACGUUUAGUAAGGACCUCUGUAUGAGUGGCAUGCGAUGUGGGGUUCUCUUUACGGAGAACCAGGCUCUGUUGCAGGCGAUUCGAGCACCGUGUUUGUUUUCGUCGCCCAGUCGGGAUACGCAGGCAGUGCUUUGCCGAAUGCUGAGUGACGAGCAAUGGUUGCACAAGUUUUUCGUCGCAAACCAACGACGACUAGAGGAAGCGUAUCAGGUGGCUGUUCAAGCGAUUCAAACCAGUCUUGGGGCAGAGCAGGUGCGCAUCUAUCCCAGCCAGGCUGGAUUCUUCGUAUGGAUUGGCUUGCAGAGAUUUCUUCGCGAGGCGACCUGGGAAGCGGAGUUGGAACUUGCUGAGCGACUCUUUCGAGAAGCGCGAGUGUUGAUCUAUCCGGGUCGUGUUUGCCAUGCUCCUGAACCCGGGUGGUAUAGAUGUUGCUUCUCGGCAGUUGAGGAUACGCAAACGCUACAAGUUGCAUUCGAGCGCAUUGCUUGUGUUCUUUGCCCUUCCAAAAGCAGUGCACCAUCAUCUCGUGUGUGCUGA